CAUCACAGGGAUCGCGGGAGAAUUCGUCUUCUCGCGCUGGACAGCAGGGUCGCGGCUUGAUGAACUCUUCAGUUCAGAAGUCUGCUAGUCACUCAAAAUAUACACAACAGGCUCCAUCAGCUCGAAUUACUGGCAAGGCACAAAGCUCACUAGGAAGUUCUGCUAUCAACGUUGGAGGCCUUUACAGAGGUGGCGAUCAGCAGUCAGCUGCGUCUAGUACCAGUGCCGAUACAACUUCCGUACAGAUAAAUCGAUCAGUGGCACCGGUGGCCGUGUUCAGCGAGCCCAGUGAUGCUGACAUAAAGCUCAUCAAGGCGGUUGUCUCGGAAAUGAUUGAGCUGGCUGCUGCAUCCAAAAGUGUAACUCCGACGGUAGUUGGGUGUAUGAAGCGGAUACCAGAGGACAUGUGUUGUGGUUUCUUGUACUACAUAUUAACCGAUUAUUUGCAUCUGGCGAAUGUAGGAAAACAGUACAGACGGUAUCUGGCCAUUACCGUGGCGCAUCUCAUACAACAUAACUACAUCUCCGUGGAUCACUUUAGACUGGCGUACAAAGAAUUUGCCGAGUGCGCAAACGAUUUAAUUUUUGAUAUUCCAGAGCUCUGGCUGUAUAUUCUGCAAUUUGCCGGGCCACUAAUUGUAAAGAAAAUAUUGACGGUAUCAGAUCUGUGGAACAAUUAUCUGAAAGACAACAGCCCAUCAAACGUGGGUAAAAAGUUCCUCAAAACCUAUUUGACAUAUUGUACACGAGAAGUAGGACCGAACUUCACCCGUUCCAUGUGGAUCAAGUUCAACCUGCACUGGUCCGACUUUAUGCCUGACAACGAAGUUAUCGAUUUCAUUGAGACCAAUAGACUAGAGUAUGUCGAAAACGAGUCGAAGUCGCCAGUGAUUGAGCAGCGGGAGACACCAGAGAAGCACGUUAAAAAUGUGAUAGAACAUAUAGAACAUUUGCUAAAGGAAGGAGCGACGGCAGACUGCAUCAUCGAUUACAGUAACGGCAAUAUUUUGGUGGCUGAUAAACUAUUUAUUAGAGGCUUGACUGAAACGUUGUGUAAUUUUGCAAUUGUCUACAAGGAGAACAGCUACAAACUUGAGCCCGAAAUCUUCCAAAAGUUUUGCAUACCAGUUUUGCAGCGAUACAUCUACUCGCAUGAAGAUCAUCAAUUGGAAUGCCUUUAUUCUAUGCAGUUACUGGUGCAUAGCUUAGAGCAUCCUAGAGGUUUAUUGAGUGAACUAAUUGGUGAGCUAUAUGAUACCUAUGUUAUACAGAAGGAGUCGCUAUGUAAAUGGCGUGAUUCAAAGGAUCAAUCCGCUGGGAAGGGCGUUGCUGUAAAAAGUCUUAAUCCCUUCUUUAACUCAAUAUUCAAUGAUGAAACCAACUAAAGCAGCACAGUUGACAUGGACAGCGCGUUAGGAGAAUAAAAAAAAACAAUAUAUUUAAAUUUGUAAUAAAAUUAAUUAAACAGAAAGCUGGUUUGUGAAGAGAGCUCUUUAUCAGUAUAACUAUGAUACGAUAUGGACUUAUCUUAAUAGAUAUUGUGGUCCUUGCAUUACGAGUACAUGCAAUAAUAUGAAAGUGUAUAACAUAUGUAAAAUAAAGCGAACCCAGAGGAAAUUCCUAGUUAUAAAUGGUUGCUCUUACAAUAUAGCUAUAGAACACCACAAAAAGGGACAAGAAUUGCUUUGGCUAGUCUAGUUCGAUAACACGACUACUAAAUAGACAGCUACAAAUGUACGCGAAGGCGAAUUUAGAAAAUUUAUACGAAUCCCAAUUUGGAAGUGAAAAAAAAAACAGAUUAAAGUGAAAAUAGAAUUUCCCAGUACAGCUUAUAGAUUUAACUGAAUAAUCGAUUAUGUUUCUAUCUCUAAGAGAUUAUCCAUCUAUUUGUAACUUGAACAGAACGAUAAAGUUUUAAAUAUAAUGUUUUUAAAGGUGAAAAACAACAAACGGAAA